ACUGAAAUAACGCCAGUGGCAGUGAGUGCAAGACAGAUCAAGGUCUGUUGGCUGUAGCCAUGAGUGGGGGUGCUGAGAUGGUUGCCGGAGCUGUUGUACAGCGUGUGGCCGGCAUGCUUGGGCAGGCCGCCUGGGAAAGGGUCGAGCUUCUGUGGACGUUCGAGGAUGAUGUUGAGGAGAUGAAGAACAAAUUGGUUACUGUGCAGGCCGUGAUGGUGGAUGCUGAGAACCGCUCCCAUGGCAGUGAGUCGGUGCGGCUUUGGCUCAAGAAGCUCAAAUCUGCCGCCUACAACAUUGAAGACACGAUUGACGAGCUGGAGGCCAAUACAAUGAUAUGGAGGAGCACCACUUGCCCGGCUAAACUGGUGUCCAUGUCAUUCAACCCACUAAUCACACGGUUUACCUUGUCAUUUGAGAUGAGAAAAGUCAAGGAAGGGCUAGAUAAAGUAGUAGAGGAACAAAAAAAUUUUAAUUUUCUGCACCUCAUAGACACAAGGCAGUCUGUGAACAUAAAAAACCAAGAAACAUCUGUGGUUUCGAGUGAUAAAGUUGAUAUGGUAGGAAGAGAAAGUGAACAAAGAAGGGUACUAAAUUUGGUAUUGCAGAAAGACAGUCAAACAAAAAUAUCCAUUAUUCCCAUUGUUGGACUUGGUGGUAUGGGUAAGACUACACUUGCAAAAUCUGUUUUCAAUGCUAAAGAGACAAAUAUGUUUGAUGUGAAAGCAUGGGUCCAUGUAUCAAUGGAGUUUGAUGUGAAGAAGAUUGUAGCUUCUAUUAUCUCUCAUAUUGAGGUUACCUUCCAAGCAAAUGAUGCUACACUACAGAAUCUGAAUUCUCGCAUUGAGCGCAUACUCUCAGGGAAGAUUUAUUUUAUUGUUUUGGAUGAUAUGUGGGAGACAAGGGGAGAUUCAUUGGAUAAUUUGAUGAAAAUGUUACAAUAUGGUAAUGAAGGCAGCAAGAUAAUAGUAACGACACGAAGUGAUCAAGUUCCUACAGCAUUGUCUAUCAUCAGGACUUCAGAAUAUCAUAUUGUUUCACCAACUAAAUUGAAGGCCUUAUCAAGUGAUGAUUGCUUUUCUAUUAUUAAUCCUUCAAUGCAAGGAAGAAAUAGGCUGGAUGUUGACCUUAUAAAAAUUGGAGAAGAAAUUGCUAAGAAAUGUGGUGGAGUACCGAUAGUUGCUAAAGCUCUUGGUUAUGUGAUGAAUAAGCAUUGCACAAAAGAAUCAUGGAAAGCACUUAAAGACAGCAAUAUUCUUGAGAUAAAAGAUGAUGACUAUAGGAUUAUGAGGCGCUUGAUGCUAAGUUAUUACCCCAUGCCCUCACUUCAGAAACUAUGUUUCAUGUAUUGCUCUAUCUUUCCUAAGGGCCAUAACAUAGAUCAUGAUAGCUUGAUUCAUCAAUGGGUUGCUUUGGGAUUCAUUCAAGAUGCUCAUGAGGCCCCACUUCACCUAAUUGGUCAGGAAUAUAUUAAUGAUUUCUUAGGGAUGUCUUUCCUUAGUCUUUCAACUACCCCUGAGGUAAUCGAUUCAGGGACAUUUAAACCCACCCUGAAAUACCGCAUGCAUGAUGUGGUACAUGAUCUCGCAAGAUAUGUUGCUAGUGAAGAAUUCUCAUAUGUGGAUAAAAUGGUGCAUAACAAUAGAAGUGACAAUCAAAGUUGUCACUAUCAGUUGUUGAUGAAUUAUAAUGAGUCUUCAUCUUAUAAGCAUUUUCCAAGAAAGGUCAGGGCCAUGCAUUUUAGGGAAUGUGAUAAACUCCAACUUCACAAGAAAGCAUUCUCAUGGACAUUAUAUUUGAGAGUUUUGGAUCUGAGUGGAUGCCAUGUGUCAGAGCUACCAAUUUCUGUUUAUAAACUAAAGCUAUUAAGGUAUCUAGAUGCUUCCACCCUUCCAAUCUCAACCUUAUCUAAAUCCUUGAACCAUCUGCUAAACCUACAAACCUUGAUAUUUUCAAAUACUUCCCUAAAGACAUUACCCACUAACAUUGGUUGCCUUCAAAAACUACAAUACUUCAAUGUAUCAGGAUGUGUCAGGCUUCGUAAGCUUCCUGUCUCUUUUGGGAACCUAAGUGCUUUGCUCUUCCUAAACUUGGCAAGCUGCCAUGAACUGCAUACACUUCCAAAAUCCUUUGGCGACUUGCAUAGGCUUCAAUUUUUGAACCUAUCUGAUUGUUACAAACUCCAAUCACUACCAGAAUCUUGUUAUCAGCUUCAUGAUCUGACACAUCUUGAUCUGUCAGACUGCCAUAACCUUGAAGAGCUCCCAGAUUGGAUUGAUAAACUCUCUAAGCUUGAAUAUCUGAACAUGACAAGUUGUCCCAAGGUUCAAAUUUUGCCAGAUUCUCUAUGCAAACUCAUGAUGUUAAAGCAUCUAGAUUUGUCAUUCUGUGUAAAGCUCGAACACCUACCUUCUUCUAUUGGUGAUUUACGAGUUGAAAGUUUGGACCUUAGAGGCUGUGUCUUCCUUCGUGACUUACCAGAAAGCAUUUUUAGUAUGUCUACACUUAAAAUUGUUGAAGCAGAAAUAGCACCUUUAGUAGAAGGUGAAGUUGGAAAACUGAGAGAGAGUAUGAACUUGCAAGGGUCCUCUAAGAUUGAUGGAGGAAGCGGUGAUCUAUGGACUCAAAUUGCACAGCUUGAGAGGACACUCUGCCAUGAACUGAGGAUCAGAGGCCUUGAGAAAGUCAAGCAUUUGGAAGGGGCAGAGCAUGGUAAACUGUCCACCAACUCAAAGCUUACAAAGUUGAAUCUUGUAUGGAAAGAUGAUGAGGAUAGUCUAGUGGAGCAUGCAGCUGCUGCCAUAUCAGUGUUGGCGAAGCUUCUGCCUCCUAGAAAUCUCCAACACCUCGUUCUAGGUGGUUAUAUGGGCAUAGACUUCCCUAGGUGGAUGCUGGACAUUUCUUCCUACCUACCUCAUCUUACCACUGUCUUUCUUAUCAGUCUAAAAGAGUGCAACUGCCUCCCCCCACUUGGGCGCCUGCCAAACCUGAGAGCACUGGCCGUGGCUGAAAUGCCCAACCUCAAGAAUGUUGGUCGGGAAUUCUAUGGAGAUUACGGGAGCUGCCAAAAGCUAAGAAUAAUUUAUUUGCACUCAAUGGACAACUUGGAAGAGUGGUGGACAACAAGAUCGUCUGCUGAAGAUGGAGGGUUUUUAAUCCCAAAUUUACAUAUGUUGUUUGCCUGUGAUUGCCCAAAGCUGAAGUUCCUGCCUUAUCCCCCAAGGAGCAUGUCGUGGAUGCUAGGGAACAGCAACCACGUGCUGCCAGAACAUGGAUUUGGGAACCUCUCAUCUAGUAGUUCUCCAUUUCUUCUUGUGAUAGGGGAUGCAUCUCUUUCUUCUGAAGGGUGGCGUCGGACCCAGCACCUCUCUUCAAUCGAGGUUCUUUUGCUUGAGUCUGUCACAGGUCUUAGAACCUUCCCGGAUGCUAUUCGAUGCUUCAAGUCCCUCCGAAAACUCGAGAUAGCGUUGUGUGCAGAUUUAGAGACACUGCCGGAAUGGCUGGGAGACUUGACUUUAUUGAGAGAAAUUGGCAUUGAGAAUUGCCCAAAGUUGUCUUCGCUGCCGGAAAGCAUAGGUCGCCUUACUGAGUUGAAGAAACUACGGAUAAUUGACUGCCCAGCACUGCUAGAGAAGUGCCAGGUAGAGGACAAGCACAAGAUCGCUCAUAUUCCAGAGGUCACAUCCAAGUAGCUGAUGGCUCCCACGUCAUCGAUCAACUGCAAGAUGUAGCAUGGCAAGAUCCUUCUCACUGAUGUCUUCUUUUAUAUACACUGCUUGUACGUUUUUUUUUUGUUUUUUUUUUGUGACUUCGUAUACUGCAGGUUGGUCGUCGUUGGUGGCCGGCGGGCGGAUAUUAAUAUAGCAGGAUCUGCGAGCACCUUCGGUACGGAUGGUGAUUAGGCAAAGCCUUGCCAAACUCUGAAGAAAAUGAAUGGUGGAUAAAUAUAUUAUAUGUGUUCAUUACAAACUAAUCGUAUUUCGUCUGUGCCGUUGAACUGCAGAGAGCAAGCUGCUCAGCUCCUAGUCUCCUCCUACGUGCAUAGCAUAGGCAAGACGAAGUUAGUCUGAGUGUGGUGCUGUCCAUAGUCCAUGUGUGAUUACAUGCCUGCAUUAAGCUUGUACCUCAGGGGCGGGCGGCAAACAUUCCGGACCUUCCGAUUGACGAGUGCUUCGUUAACCAUUUUGAUUUAUUAGCAGGCUAUAUAUCCCAUUUCGAUGCCCAUGCAGCCCACAAUUGUACCAUAAUGUCGUGACAUUGUGGUGGCAUCAGCAUGCCGGCACGGCGGCGGCGGGGUUUGAAGCUUUCCAAGUGUGGCCCUGCUUGCAGUCGGCAGCAGCAGCACCAGCUUGUGUCUGGCUCCGGUGAUUUCGAUCGACAAGUUUGCAUGAAUUUUCCUUUAGAUAAAGACCACCGGCCGGUUUGCAUGAAUGGAGCGAGAGAUAUCAUAAGGCUAAGGUUGAGAUGAUCGCCAGUCGGUCUGAUUCUGAUCUGGGUGUGUUGCUUGUUCCUUCUACUUUCUGCCAUGUUGCUUUUUAAUUUAGCAAUUGGUUGAGCUAGCUACGAGUUAUGUAAUUAAUUUUUUUAUUAUUAUCUAAAUACUCCUUCCGAUAUCUAGGAAAUAUCCGAUUUGACACCCAAAAUUUUUUCAGUUCCCAACUAGACAAGGCCCUUGGUUGAGCUAGCUGCACGUUCCCAGAUAAGUUUUGCACACUACUACUCUGUAAUAGUUUUGGUUGUUUUCGAUGUAAUCAGCGGCUGAGCCGUUCUUCUGAA